AUGGUUGGCGUUCACAAGAUCUCGCACCCCAUAGUCAACGCUGAACUCUCCAAGUUACGACUCAGCAGUACAAGUUCCAAAGAAUUCCGCGAAGGCAUCAACCACAUUGCUCUAAUUCUGGGACUCGAAGCGUCAAAAGAUUUGGAAGAAGUGACGUUCGACGGGCAAACACCCAUAGCGGCUUUCAAGGGUACAAAUAUCAAACCUCGUGUUGGCCUAACUCCGAUUCUGCGUGCUGGCCUGGGAAUGACGGAUGCUCUGUUAACUCUUUUCCCCUCCGCACCUGUGUACCAUCUCGGAAUUUUUAGAGAAAAGGUUACCCUUCAACCUGUCGAAUACUACUCCAAGUUGCCAGCGCAACCUCCAGUCGACAUAGUAUAUCUCUUAGAUCCUCUCAUUGCUACUGGAGGGACCGCCGUUGCCGCUCUCACUAUGAUUGUCGAUUGGGGCAUCCCAGUGGACAAAAUCAAACUUCUUUGCGUACUUGCUUCUCAUGAAGGAUUAAAGAACGUACAAAGCGGAUUCCCUGGACUCGAGAUCUGGGUCGCAGGCAUUGACGAAACAUUGACAAAGGAGGGAUUGAUUAGCCCUGGUUUGGGCGACACCGGUGAUCGUCUUUUCAACACCUUGCGCCCUUGA